UGUUCACAAAGAAGAGAAAUAGAGACUUGAGUGAACAACAAGAAGCGGACGGUUUUUGGAUUUCUGCUCCGCACACGACUCAAACUCAACCUUGUCCGGUCUCCGGUUCGCUGUGUGGUGCUGCGACUAAAGCUCAAGUUCCAUUCGUGUCGAUCCAUUCAAACGGUACGGUCACGUUUCGUCGUGCAUUUCAGUAAUUCGGUUGUUUUUUGUGCCUUCUAAGUUCGUUGGCAGGGUAAUUGAAGGUCCAUAGAAGGUCUCUAGUAAGUGCUUGAAAUAUUUAAUUCGGACAAAAGUGCAUCAACUUCAUACGAUCAUUGACUGUUAGUGCAAAUUUGGAAGCCUAGAUCCAGCAUCCCACGGUCUUGUUCGAAAACGUGUUUUCCAUCUGGACCACCCCCUCAAAGUGUCGGCCUACUAUUCUAUACACGUUGAGUGGCGUUGAUCGAGCGUUUUGACCAUCAGCAGCAUCACCAUCAUCGUGUUUCAUGAUCAUCACGCAGACACACUUUUAUUCGAUCGACAACAAAAGGGCAAAACGACCAUAACAAAACCCCGGAGUCGGUGUAAGCGAAUAAUAGCAGAAGCGCAGCAGCAAUAAUAAUAAACACACCAAAAAAGCGGGACCACAGAAUCGUCCAAUAAAAACACACAAUCUGUGUGCGCGGAGAUAACGGCAAAGUUGGACAAAGAGCGGAUCCAAGUAAAAAAUUAAGCAUAAAUCCAGCCAAUAUCUCAUCAUCUCAAUACACAUGUGCUGUGCGCUGUGCUGUGAAGCUGUGAACAAGAGAAGUACCUACAGGACAAAAAGCAUCGCAGCAGCAUUUCGCUGCUGAUUGGUGAAAGUGAGUUUUUUGUAAGGUUCCCGGAGUGAUCGUUCCUUUUGAAGUAUCUUCUGACUGUCUGUCUACGGCAGUUAUAACUACUAAAUAAUCGAUAAGAAGUGUGGUGUUUGUGGUGUGCAGAACGUACCGAUAUCUUAUCUCCGAUUGAGUGAAGUUGUAAACGGAUAGAAAAUUGUGAAGGAGCCGGAUUGGAAUACGAUUUUGACGUCAGGUAUCCUCGCAAAUAGCUGAGCUUAUCGAUACAUGAUUCAUAAUACGAGUAUCCUAUCAUUGGCUUUGUUUGAGAAGUCGAAAAUCAUCUCGAACCGGACCCAACGUAACUAAGGGGUGCUUAACCUGAACUAUCCAUCUGAGUACCUCCAUCAUCAUCCGGACGUAAGUCUGGAUCUUCUCAGGGCCCCAGCUUCAUCCAUCACAUAAAGACCAAGACGAAGACUGGUUGCGGUGGUCUGGUCACUCAACGUGGAACUUCCUUAUUGUGUUCCAAGUCAUCCUCAGCAACAACAAUUUGUGAUCUGCGUGCAUCUUGCCGUGGAACGCCAUCACCGUGGAGAAGAUACUGAGAAUUGGGGGAGUGCCAAAGGCGGCGGCGGCAGUUCACCCUAGCCCCAGCAGCCAUCAGCAGCAGAAGCAGAAGACGAUGGCCAGUACCGGUGACAUUUGGCUGCAAUGGUUUUCCUGCUGCUUCCACCAGCCCCAAAGUCCCCGCCGAAGAAGACACCACCAGCGGCUGCGGAUAGAUCGGUCGAUGAUCGGAAAUCCCACCAACUUUGUGCACACCGGUCACAUUGGCUCGAACGACGUUGAGCUGUCUACUCAUCACCUGUCCGCUAUACAAAACCAGAUGCAGAGCAAAGGCGGUUACGAAAUGAACUCGCUUCGAUUACAGCAGGCCUGCUGAUGAUCAGCGCUUCGCCCCGACGUCGUUCGUUAAUUUAUUUCUAGUUUAGUAAGGCUAAUGAUAAUUGUUAGAAGAAAGCAGGAGAAAAGAAAAACUGCCGCGGCCCGGAAAGUGAGAUAAACAAUCAAAAUGCCGAUUCGCAAAGUAACAAAACACUAUUCCGAUGGAACAGAGGUGAAGAAGAACCCUCUGUGAUCGACCUCCUCAUGGGAUUAAGUUUUUAGACAGUUUUGUUUUAGCAAAAAAACGGAAACCGCUGAUGGCUGCUUAUUGUGCGUGUCAUGUAACUCAUCAAGAAAACAGUUAACGCUACCGAUUCGAACUUUUUUUACUCGAAUCAGAAAGUUAGAAGAGAACUAAUCAACAAUUUUAUCGAAGAAAAAAAAUACUCUUAAAAAGAGGCGCCAAUUAGCAGCUAUUUCGUGUAGCUUUUAUUGGAAAAUCGAAACUCUAUAGAUGUAAUAUGAAGAGAUAAUCAAAACUACAAAAAAUCGUGGUGCUCCACAAAUAAUUAUAAUAAUAGAAAAUAAGCAUGAUAACUUUACAUAGAAUAACUAACUUGGAUAAGAAUAUGGAACGGAAAUAAAACACGUCGAAAUUUGAUUGACGUGUUGUGUACAUUAUUUGUAAAUAGAAAAGCGGUUAUAUUUUAAGGAGCACAUUUUUCCAACAAUAAUAUCUACCCUUGAGCAUGGGAGUAAUUACUAAAAAAAAAUAUACAAACCCAUGUUAGAAUUAAUUCUUCGGACUCCAAUGAAUACUCAUAACAAUCAGUCACGACCUCUCAGAAGAAAAUAAGUGUCUUAAAGUUCGCCGCAGAAACAAAAUCAAUGAAUCACGAUUUGAAUAUCGUUGUUCCGUAAUUAAAAAUUCUAUAGCAAUUUAUCAACGGCACAAACAGUUUUAACAUACCUAUAUAAGAACAAACAGACGAUUGAAUAAAAAACGAAAAUGUUGAAAUAUGAA